GGCCUCCGGCGCCUUGCUGGCACCCCCCCUCAAAAGGCCCCUGAUGCCACACAACCAUGGGCCGGCCUUCCUGUCUUCCUCUUGAGCCUGAUGCUUCCCUAGCCAAGUCGUCGACGCUGCCUCUCCAGCGACACCCAGAGCACUUUGUUUUGCUCGUCCACUGACGUAUCGCACGUCGAGCCGCUCGUUUUAGCAACCGUCCCACGGUGCUGUCACUCUUUUGUUGCUGUUAUACACAUUACAUACCUGACGAUGGCCUCCUCCAUCGUCCGGCUGGGCGCCGCGGCUGCCCUAGCCUACGGCUCCGGUGCUGCCGCCCUCCAGUCCUACCAACUCUCGGAGUCAUACAACCCCACCAACUUCUUUGACAAGUUCAACUUCUUCGAUGGCAAGGACCCCAACAGUGGAUUCGUUCAGUACAGAAACAGAACCUACGCCAGCUCCCAUGGCCUCAUCCAGACGGGGACCAACGACGUGACCAUCCGCGUCGAUACGACCGGCACCGACCAGAACGGACGCAGCAGCGUCCGGCUGGAGAGUAUCAACACGUACAAUUCGGGCCUGUUCAUCGCCGAUUUCACCCACCUGCCCUACGCUCCCUGUGGUGCUUGGCCAGCCUUCUGGAUGGUGGGCCCCAACUGGCCCACGGAUGGCGAGAUCGACAUCUACGAGGGCUGGAACCUGGCCCCGACGAACAAGGUUGUGCUGCACACGGAUAGCCCGACCAUCUCGGGCACGUGCCGGAUCCAGCAGGGCGACUUCACUGGCACCCUGGAGUACCCCGACUGCUGGACCAACGACCCGACCCAGCCCAGCAAUGCGGGUUGUGCCGUUGAGGAGAAGAACGGCCUGUUCGGGAAUGCCGCCGGCGGCGUCUACGCUACCGAGUGGCAGGAAGACAGCAUCAAGGUCUGGAGCUGGUCUCAUAACAGCGUCCCCGCUGAUGUCACGAGUGGCAAACCCAACCCGGCGAACUGGGGUAAGCCCACUCUCGCCGCGGGCAGCCAGUGCGAUGUCAAGUCGGCAUUCCGCGACAUGCGCUUGAUCCUGAAUAUCAACUUCUGCGGUGACGCUGCCGGCAACACCUGGCCCGGAUCUGCGUGCCAGAAGAGUACCAAUGUCCCCGCGUGCUAUACCUACGUGCAGUGGAACCCGCACGUCUACAACAGCACGUUCUGGUCCGUCCGGAGCAUCAAGGUCCUCGACUUCGACUACGACGUCGACCAGGUCCUCGACUUCGACUACGACGUCGGCCAGGUCCUCGACUUCGACCACGACGUCGGCCAGGUCCUCGACUUCGACCACGACUACCUCUUUGACUUCGACCACGUCUUCAAUUUCGACCACGACCACGUCCUCGACCUCGACCAGCACGUCGACGGCGUCCCCCACCUCCACACCGCCACGGAGACCGAGAGCGACUGCCCUGAUGACAACGCCACCUCCACCACGACCGGUGCUGCCACCACGGAGACUGGGUCGAGCACAAGCACGACGGCUACCGCGACUGCCACUGAGACCGAGAGCGACUGCCCUGACGACAACGCCACCUCCACCACGACCGGUGCUGCCACCACGGAGACUGGGUCAAGCACGACGGCUACCGCGACUGCCACUGAGACCGAGAGCGACUGCCCCGAUGACAACGCCACCUCCACCACGACCGGUGCUGCCACCACGGAGACUGGGUCGAGCACGACGGCUACCGCGACCGGGACCGCUGCGCCUUCCAGCUCGGUCCCCGACGUGACCGAUAUUGUCACUGCUACCGCGACCGCGACCGGAGGCUUCACCACGUCGACCAUUUACACCACGAUCACGUCGACCAUUACGUCGUGCGCGCCGACCGUGACCAACUGCCCCGCGCGCACCGUUACGUCGGUCAUCCCCAUCGGCACGACCGUCUGCCCCGUGACCGAGGCCAGCUCGGCGCCGGUGACGACGGAGACGGCCACCCUGCCGGAGGGCUGGACCACGUCGACCGUCUACUCCACCAUCACGUACACGAUCACGUCGUGCGCGGCGUCGGUCACCAACUGCCCGGCCCGCGUGACCACGUCGGUGGUUGCCGUCGGCACCACCGUCUGCCCGAUCGCGUCGCUCAGCGCCAGCCCCAGCACCAGCGCCGGCGUCAACCCCAGCGAGGUCGUCAGCACGGUGCGCUCCUUCACCACCGUCUCCAAGACGACGACCGUCGUGCUGCCCCGCCCCAGCGGGUCGGCCGCCGGGUCGUCGUCAUCGCCGGUCCUCGUCGCCAGCCCGGCCCCCUCCUCCUCCGCCGGCUCCUCUCCCGCCUCCCCCUCCGUGCCGAGCGUGGUGGUCGGUGGCAACAACGGCACCGCCUCCGUGCCGCCGGUCCAGGUCGUUACCGCCAGCCAGCCGGGCGCCAGCACCAGCCUGUCGCAGCCGGUGACUGCCGGCGGCGGCCGCAUGAUGGCGGGCAGCGGGCUGAUGGCGCUGCUGCUUGGUGCGGCCGCGGCGAUGUUGAUCUAA